AUGGAAACAUUAGCUGGAGUGUUAAAUGCUCUCAUAAAUACUACAAUAAACAAGGAUAACGAAGAAAACUUAAUGAAUGUUAAACUUAUUGCAGGAGUUUUGAAGUUCAGUUAUGCGAAGGAGUUUAAGAUACCAAGAAUGAGUCAUAGAGUACAACUUCUUUUGGGUGCAUACCAUAUGACAUUUCCUUUGAAAAGUGUUGACAAAACGAUUGAGAUGAAAUCUGUUCCAUACGUAUGUUAUGGUAAUUGUUUAUACAUUGAGUCUAAAAUAGCUAAUGUCACAGGCAUUUCAGGAGUUAAUAGUAAAGGUUCAGUAGAAUAUAAAUCCUUCUGUUAUGCAGUCAAUUCAAUGUUCAUUCCAAACGUUCCUGUCAUAGCAACUCAUUUAGGUAAAUGGGUUCGCAUUAGUCCUCAUAAUUUGAAAGACAUGCAAUUCAGACUUGUUGACUUUCAAGGAGAGCCUGUAGAACUGAAGGCACCAGUGCGAAUGACUGUUGAAGUUGACUUUUUAGAAAAUAUUAAAUGCAACAGCUUACAAGAGAACUCAGAGCUAAAAAUAUAA